UUCUCUCUCAUCCAUUCCAUGGCUGCCUACAAACACCCAACUCCAAUUUUUCACAUUAAUCUCUCCUCCACCACAAUUUUGGGAGAGAGAUAGAGAGAGAGAGAGAGAGAGAGAGCUCACUUCGUUUCUUUAUAUCUUUCACUUUAACUAUUGGGAACUCUUGUAUUGUUGAUUGAAGCUUCGGAAAGAACCCUAAAGUUCUGAUCUUUGUGAAAUUUGAGUUGUUCUUGAAUUGGGGAUGUUGCCUGCUGUAACUGAUACCAAUAGUGGUUUUGCUUUGAUUGAUAUAUAGAAAAUUUGGAGUUUUUCUUAAAUGGAUUCGAAAUCUAGUAGCAAAAUAGUCGGUAGUCAGUCGCCUUCGCCUUUAAACAUCUCAAAAACUAGUGAUUUAGAGCCUGCAACCCCUACAAAAUCGACCGAAAAGAGUGAAAUCGAGUCUAAGAAGUCUCAACAGAAUCAAGAUUCCAAAUCUUUAGCUGAAAAGAUCGAGAAGAGCUUAUCUUUUACACCACCCGCCAACAAAAACGACUUAUCUGAAGGUACAUUUGAUCAAGAAAAGAGCUUUAAAGAAAGCUCGGGAUCUGUUAAUCUAAGUGAUGGAGUUAGCAGCGGUUUGAAAACUAGCAGGAAUGCGAAAAUUGGCGAAAGAAUCGAUCUUGUUGAGAGCGGGAAGAGUAGUAUGUGUAGGGGAAGCACAAGCACUGAUGUAAGUGAUGAAAGUAGUUGUAGCAGCUUAAGUAGUAGCAUCAGUAAACCCCAUAAAUCGAACGAUUCAAGAUGGGAAGCGAUCCAAGCCGUUCGAUCAAAGGAUGGUGUUUUGGGUUUGAGCCAUUUCCGGUUGUUGAAGAGGUUGGGUUGCGGUGAUAUCGGGAGUGUGUAUCUCUCCGAGCUUAGUGGUACUAAGUCUUAUUUUGCCAUGAAAGUCAUGGAUAAAGUGUCGCUUGAGAGCCGCAAGAAAUUGUUACGAGCUCAAACCGAAAGGGAGAUUCUGCAAUCUUUGGAUCACCCGUUUCUUCCAACGUUAUACACUCAUUUCGAGACCGAUAAAUUCUCGUGUUUGGUCAUGGAGUUUUGCCCGGGAGGUGAUUUGCACACGCUUCGCCAAAGGCAACCGGGGAAGCGGUUUUGCGAACAAGCUGUAAAGUUUUACGUUGCGGAGAUACUUCUUGCUAUGGAAUACCUGCACAUGCUUGGAAUCAUCUAUCGGGAUCUGAAGCCCGAAAAUGUUCUUGUGAGGGAAGACGGUCACAUAAUGCUCUCCGACUUUGAUCUUUCCCUUCGGUGCUCCGUGAGCCCGACACUCGUGAAAUCAUCUCUAGACAACGAACCCUUUCGAAAGAACUCGGCUUAUUGUGUUCAGCCCGCUUGUAUCGAGCCACCUUCGUGUAUCCAACCCUCGUGUGUUGUCCCUACAUCCUGUUUCUCCCCCAGACUCUUCAUGAGCAAAUCCAAGAAAGAAUCGAAAUCCAAACCGAAGACCAAGCCCGAGAUCCGACACCAAGUAACCCCAUUACCAGAGCUCAUGGCCGAGCCAACCGGGGCCCGUUCGAUGUCGUUUGUCGGGACCCACGAGUAUUUAGCGCCCGAAAUCAUUAAAAACGAAGGGCAUGGUAGUGCGGUAGACUGGUGGACGCUCGGUAUCUUUUUGUACGAGCUGUUGUUCGGUAAAACUCCGUUCAAAGGGUCUGGAAACCGAGCCACCCUGAUGAACGUCGUGGGUCAGCCGCUGCGGUUCCCGGAGUCACCAGUGGUCAGUUUUUCGGCCCGGGAUCUGAUCAGAGGUCUGCUAGUGAAAGAACCACAACACAGAUUGGCUUACAAAAGGGGAGCCACUGAGAUCAAACAACAUCCUUUCUUUGAAGGCGUUAAUUGGGCAUUGAUCCGAUGUGCAAGCCCGCCGGAGAUCCCAAGACCGGUGGAAAUUGACCGGAUUCCGUCACCGUUGGCAAAUUCCGGCGAGAAAAAAGCUGCUGCAAUUGCAGUUGCACCUGAGAAAAAGGGGUCUGAUAAUUAUCUCGAAUUUGAUUUCUUUUGAUGCUACAUUUCUUGAUUCCUUUUUUUUGUUUUUGUUCCCGGAGAUCUGAAUUCCGACCAGUGGGCUGGCGAUUGUUGUCGUAUAGUAUUUGUUUGAUGUGAUGUAUUGAUGUACGUGAAGAACAGUUGCAAAGUCUGUUAUAUUGAAAAAAAAAAGACGAUAUUUUUGUGCU